AUGAGGAAAGAAGAGCAAAUUCAGGAUGCCUUAAGCAGCGGCAUUAUAGGGAGUAAAGUCGAGAUGGCAAAACUUGUUACCAAUAAAGCUAAGGAGUUUCAGAAAAUACUUGAAGAAAUACGCAUGGCUGAAAAGACAGGUGCGAGAAUGAUGAACAAAAAGGGGGCUCAUAACAAAAUGCUUAAUGUAGCCUCUAGAGGACCUUCUCCAAGCAUUAAGCCGAAGAGAAGUAAUAUGUCUCUACUGUCUUAUACCUCCGCAGGCCAGAAUAUGUCUCCUAAGGAGGAAAUCAAGUAUCUUCAAGAAAAGAGAAUCAAAUUAGCACCAUAUUAUACAGCUACUCUUGAAGAUCUUGGAUUUAGCGAUGAACAUGAAAAAUAAGGAAUUUGACUACUUCUUUGCUGAAUAUAUUGAUGACACUUUAAUGCUACUAAAACGUGUAUGAAACCUUAUCCUGAAAAUGGAGGCUUCACCUAAUGAGAUCUUAAUUUCAUAUACAGAAAAAUGUUCCCUUGUUUUAUCUAGAAGGAUUGAUAUCUGCAUUCUUGUGCUGUAUAGGUUAAAUCCCUAUGUUGUGACUCAGAAUCGCCCAUCUGUUUUUGAAAAAGUCAAUAUCAUUCAACUUGUCAUGAGCUCGAUAGACCAAUCCCAAGUGAGAGAAUUUUACUCUAUCAAAACUAAAUCUCAAUGGGACGUAGAGAUGACUAAUUUAGUGCUAAAUAAGAAUGAAAAUGACGAAGAAGUUGACCGCACAUUCGAUCUACUUCUAUUCCUCGAGAGUAUGGUCCAGCUCACACCUGACCUCUUCAUCAACACAGAAGAUAAGUUUGCUUGGAGGAUUCUUUUCUCAGACAAAUUCAGCUGAAAUCUGGCUAAAAUAGUUGACCUUCUUCAAGAGAAAUAUAGGGCAUCUAAAUCUCAAGAGAUAGAUCCUAUUCUUACAGAGAAUAUUUGUAAAGUCGCAAGAGUAAAUCUUGUUCUACCUAAAAUAUCUUUAAAUGACUUUAUUACACUAACUGACGAAAUAAGUCUCCUAGAUAUUUCUUGUUUCUCUGAUGAUCACCUUAAAAUCAAACUUGUCAAAGAAGCUAUUAACUUGAGUGAAGAAGAUAAGGAUGGGUGUAUCUUAGGCCUCUCUUCAGUUAUGACACUUGAAAAUAUGUCUGCUCUGAUUGAGAUCAAAUAUAAAUAAGGAAUACAAAACUGAAAAGGAUUUAAAAUAUCUCAGCAUUCUUAGAGUCAACAAUAUCCUAGACCUCUAUACAUGAGGUUACUUUCUUUUGAACAAGAAUGACGGAAUUAUAAAGCUGAAACCUGAUGAUAAGUAUGAUGACUUCGACCCAUUUGAAUUCUAUGAUCAAGAUCCCUUAGAUUCCUCACUUGAUUCUAAAAUGGACGAAGAUUUCAAUUCUGUGUCUCAGCCAGGAGGCGAUAGACUCAAUAUGAUUAAAGAAAUUGCGAAAAAGAGGGAAUCUUUGACUCCUCUCUCAAAGAUAGAGGACCUCGAUCCGUCGAGCCCUCAAUCUAAAAAUUUUAGAUUCAAAUAAGCACACUACAUAUUCUAAUAGAUCUCCUAACGACAUUGAAGAGAAAGAUGAGGAGCUAAAUGCUUCACAAGACAUAGAGUUAAAGAUGUUAUACGAGCAAAAAUUUCUAUGCAUUGAUCAUUACCACAGCAAGAGCCCUCCUCAAAGUAUGAGAGCACUUAAAAAAAAGCUGUUGAAAUUCCUAACUCAAAAGCAUGGACAAUUAAAGCGGACUAAUUUAAGUCUGGAGUACCUUAAAACCACUCUCAAGAUUAAGCAAGAGUUUUGUGAAAGCCUCCAUGUUAAAGCAAAAGUCUCAAUAGAUGGAUGCAAAAGAGAGCGAUAUCUUAGUAAAAUCCAGGAGAUGAAUGGCGAAAUUAAUGAGCUUUACAACAAACUUCAGGAACAAGAGCAACUUUUUGCAAAUGGGAAUAACAUGUGCACCAUUGAUAGCAUCAAAGAACUCCUACUUGAAAUAAACUGUUUAGAAGCCCAUAGAGACUCUAUCCAAAAAGAGCUUACUCAGAAGGAGAAAAUGUGGAUUAAAAAUGAUGAAGUCUAUAAGCAGUCAAGAGAUAGAUUGAUUUUGAUAAUUAGCUUGGAGAUAAACCUACUAAUCGACCGCAUGAAAUACUUGUUCAAAAUUAGAGAUGUUCAAUACAAGUCUAUCCUCUACUUUGAAAAGUUAUUGCUCUCUAUAAAUUCUCUUGAAAUGGAAGAGAGGAGAAAGAAUCUCAAAUACUAUUCAGAAGCAAAGGAUAUAAUUUUCAAUAAAGAGCAGAGACUAUAUGACCUCAAAGUAACGAGUGAGUCCCUCAAAGCGAGGGUGCUUGAAAGCCAGAAACAAGUAUUUGAUUUAGAAUCUAAGAUUGGCUAA